GAAUAGCCUUCUCAGUAGUUGAACAUAUAUGAAAAAUGUCUUGCGCAUCGUUUCACCCCUCUCGGCAUUAUGUCGUCAACACUGGAUGUUGUUUUAGCAUUAUUAUCUUUACACCUAAAGAAAUAUAUUCACCAUUUAGGCUCUCUAUUUACUGCUCCAUUUCCUCUUUAUGUACCCGUGUGGUAUUGCUAUCUCAUUUCAUGUCUUGCUGUACCUUACGUGUGCCCAUAUCUGUACGUUUCGUAGAUUUAUAUAUAUUCGCUGAUUUAAUUCAGCCAGCCACCUGUCAAUAAUGAAGAAUUACGAAAUUACUGGUUUUCAACUGGAAAUUUUUUGUUUAUUAGGUUAAAUUACACAGCUUAGUCAUGAGAUUAAUCUGUUUAAGAAAGUUUAAAGCAAAACUAAUUGCGUCAACCACUCGUAAAAAGAAGAUAUAUAUUAAGAUGUCAUCUACAGAGAAUUGUACAUGUGAUGAAUUGUCAAGCAACAAGAGUCCAUGGUGUGGUGCCAAUUGUUUUGUAGCAGUAACUGGUGCAAGUCGUGGAUUUGGUCAAGCUUUCUGCAUAGAACUAGUGAAAUCAAUGUCAUCUGGUGAAGAUCAUGCUGCUUCUUUGAAUAUUUUAUUGAUGGCUCGUGAUGUCAGUGCACUUCGGAUAACUGAGUCUAAGAUGAAUGCUUCAAAGCCAAGUCAUUCUGCUAUGAAGUUGAACAUCCUCGUCUCCACUUCAUCUCUUGACAUGUCGAAUGCAGAUGAAAAAGUCUUAAGAGAAGAACUGGAACCGUUGUUUCGCUUAUCACUAGAACUUUCUCGUCAAGACACUCAUGUACGUCAAUGGAAUAUGCUUGUACACAAUGCUGCAACACUUGGAGAUGUACAAUCACGAACUGACGAACGCUUUAGCACUCAAGCAUUGGAUACAUACUACCGUAUGAAUCUCACCGCUCCGAUGAUAUUGACAAGUUUAUUUUUAGAGCAUUUCGCACCAGCAAGUCAGUCAUUUCACCAUCCUGUUACAAUUGUGAAUAUUUCCAGUCUAGCAGCUGUUCAACCAUUUUCGUGUAUGUCUGAUUAUUGUGUAGGCAAAGCUGCGAGACAAAUGUAUUUGAAGUGCUUGUGUGUUGAUCGUCCAUCGAUCGCUGUGUUCAACUAUUCUCCUGGCCCACUGGAUACAGAUAUGUUUAAACAGAUUUUAGAAGAGCAUGGAGAUGAGAAGACACGACAAGCUUUUUCUCAGAUAAAAGUUACCGGUAGAAUAGUUGAACCGUUGGAGUCUGCACGUGUUUGUGUAGCAUGGUUGAGAAAACAAAUUCCGAUCAGUGGGGGGACGACGGGUGAAGGAUGUGUCCCCAAAUUAUCACAUUGUUCAGUUCAUCAAAGUCAAUAUUCUGAUGUUUGGACUGGCCCACGUCUAGAUUAUUUUGACGCUGUUCGUGAAGUGAAGUGAAGAAUUGUGUGUGUCUGUCGGCUGGUGAGACGGCAUUAUGUAUGAAGUCUUACAAAAUACAAUCGAACACGGACUAAUUGUGAUAUAUAUUACCUCUAUAAAUAUACAAAAUGAUUUGAACUUUGUCCCUACACUCUGAUUCAUUCCAGUACUAUUAUUAUUGUAAUUUUUAUGCCAAUCGUCUUUUUAAUGUACUUUAAUAUUUUACUCCAUCUUUUAAUUAUUAUCGCUUCCAAGCUGGUAUUGAAUCGCUUACUUCACCGUGUUUUUGAUCAACGCCUUAUGAUUUAUGCUUUCUCUAUUGAAAUGCAU